AAGACAAGCUGCUGCAUCGGCCACCUGAGGAAGGGAGUUCUCGAUUAAGACUACAAGACGAUUCUACCAACUGGUACCUUAACAUGGGGAACCUUCUAAAAGUUUUGACAUGCACAGACCUUGAGCAGGGGCCAAAUUUUUUCCUUGAUUUUGAAAAUGCCCAACCUACAGAAUCUGAAAAGGAAAUUUAUAAUCAGGUGAAUGUAGUGUUAAAGGAUGCAGAAGGAAUACUGGAAGACUUGCAGUCAUAUAGAGGAGCUGGCCAUGAAAUACGAGAGGCAAUACAGCAUCCCAAUGAUGAGAAGCUGCAAGAGAAGGCGUGGGGCGCAGUUGUUCCACUAGUAGGCAAACUAAAGAAAUUCUAUGAAUUUUCUCAAAGACUAGAGGCAGGAUUGCGAGGUCUGUUGGGAGCCCUGACAAGCACUCCGUAUUCACCCACGCAACACCUGGAGCGAGAGCAGGCUCUUGCUAAGCAGUUUGCAGAAAUUCUUCACUUUACACUCCGAUUUGAUGAGCUCAAGAUGACAAAUCCUGCUAUACAGAAUGACUUCAGCUACUACAGAAGAACUCUGAGCCGUAUGAGGAUUAACAAUGUCCCAGCAGAGGGAGAAAAUGAAGUAAAUAAUGAGUUGGCAAACAGAAUGUCUUUAUUUUACGCUGAAGCAACGCCAAUGUUGAAAACCUUAAGUGAUGCUACAACAAAGUUUGUGUCGGAGAAUAAAAAUUUACCAAUAGAGAAUACUACAGAUUGCUUAAGCACCAUGGCUAGUGUGUGCAGGGUCAUGCUGGAAACCCCUGAAUAUAGAAGCAGGUUUACAAAUGAGGAAACAGUAUCAUUCUGUCUGAGGGUAAUGGUGGGUGUCAUCAUACUCUAUGACCACGUGCAUCCGGUGGGCGCUUUUGCCAAAACUUCAAAAAUUGACAUGAAAGGAUGCAUCAAAGUUCUUAAAGACCAGCCUCCUAACAGUGUAGAAGGCCUUCUAAAUGCUCUCAGGUACACAACAAAGCAUUUGAAUGAUGAGACUACCUCCAAGCAAGUUAAAUCCAUGUUGCAAUAACAGUUACCUGGAAUUCGCACCUGCUGUAGACAGACAGUAUUCUGCAAUGACUGAGAUGCACAGAUUUUUUUUUUAGUGAUUGCAACUACUAUCUUGUUCAUUCUUGCUUUUUAUUUUUUCUCUUCCUGUUUACCCUUUUUUUUAAUCACUUUCUUGUUCUUAAGUAAGCUCAGACUUCUUUUCUGUGCCAAAUCAAUGAAAAUUAUCAGUUCUGGAAAGUAUUUCUACUUUUCAGAACAGCCAUCCUAAGUGGCAGCUAAUUAUGCGUUGCAUUUGGAUUUCUCUGUACUGGGGAAAGAUUUGUGACUUGAACUAAAUAUUUUUUAACUUGUGGUUUUUUCUUUUUUUGAAAAACUAAUAUUUAAUAUUGCUUCUUCUGCAUGGCGAGACUGCCUACUUCUGCUAUUUAAAAAUCCCUUGACGACUUCAUUUUCUAUUGCAGCUUAUUUUCAUGUGCAACCAUGAGGAAACUAAAAGCAGAUUUGUUUAAAUUAACUGUGUUUGUACAAAAUGGUACCCAACACAAAGGUUUUUUUAAAUGAGUAAAAACUGUUUUGUUUAAAAGUUACGUUUGCAUUUUGACUCAUUUUUGUAAGGGUGUAUGUUGUAUGUUUAACCUUUAAUAACUAACGUUAAACUGUGGUGUGUGCGUAGCAAAAUUACGUAUGCAUGUUCAUGUCAAAUGAUUGGCUGUGGAUAAGAUAAUAAAAUCAGCUUUCAUUUUUCUAAG